AUGGCAGCAGAGCAGAGAAGGCUGCUCGAGCAGCUCAUGGGCUUGCCCAGGGCCGCAACUCGCAACUUUCCAUUACCGAUGACAAAGUCUGUCGUUCCUACCUUGUUGGCACUUGCCCCCCACGAUCUCUUCACCAAUACGCGCCAAGACAGCGGUGCUUGUCCCAAGGUGCAUAAUGAGGGCCUGAAAGCCCAAUACGAGAAUGCGACGCCCGCUGAAAAAGCGAAAUGGGGCUUUGAAUUCGAUUACAUGAGGGAUAUUCAGGGUUACAUCCUUGAGGUCGACAAACGAAUCCACUCGUCGCAGCGCAAUCUGGAGCAAACUCCGCAAGAGAUUAAAGAGACCCAGAACCUGAUUAAACAAAUCCACGAUCUCAAUGACACCAUCAACAAUGGGCUCCUCGAAGUCUGCAUUCUGGGCGAGCUAGGAGACGUCGCAAUGGCCAUAACUGAGCUGCACAAGGUUCGCGCCGCCAAAUUGCAGAAGGAAAUUUUCGAGCGCGACCUGAAGAACCUGCAGGAUACCGGUGGUCCCUCCGGCCACCAGAAGCUGCAGGUUUGCGACGUUUGUGGUGCUUACCUGAGUCGAUUGGACAACGACCGACGACUGGCGGAUCAUUUCUAUGGAAAGAUGCACAUGGGUUACACAUUCAUGCGGGAUGCCUUCAACAAACUUUCGGCAGAGCUGAAUGGUCGAGAGCGGCCUGUCCGCCAUGUAGAGGAUGAUCCUUACAGCGCUGGUGGCCGGGCCGGUGGGCGUAACCGUUAUGGCGGCGGUGGGGGAGGUGGUGGACGGGGAGGAGGUCAUCGAAGGCGUCCAAGAUGGUGA